CUCAGACCAAAACGAGAGGUUGAAUUAAGCAUCUGCACAGCGCAGCUUCUGAGAGGACGUACGUCGGACAGCUUCGAUUUCGUUUAACGAGAAAUUAUUCUCUUUUAAUUGCAUAAAGGAGUUCGAAGAUGGAGAUUUCACCCAUUAGAGGGUUACCUGAUCAAAUGGGAAUAACAAUGGAGGAUCCUAGUUAUCUUCAUGAAUGGCACUUGAACGCUUAUGAGGAUCCAACCUUACUACCCAUAACCACUUCUGCUUUUGGAGAGACCUUAUUACAGCAACAUUCUUACUGUAAUAAUAUGAACUCAGACCUUAAUCCCAAAAUCAGUUGCAUGCAAAAUUCUUCCUUUAAUGAAAGACCCACAAAGCAGAUCAAAACCAGCAACACUUCAUCAUGUUGGAGUCCCAAUACUCAUGAGAGUCCAGAUCAUCAGACAUCAUCAGACCAGCUGCAAUUUGCUUCUUCGUGUCCAAACCAUCUUUCCUUUGUGAACCAGGACUACAUAAAUCACAUGGGAUUCAUGGGGAAGACCGAUAACAAUAAGGAUGAGACAAUAUUAUUGUCUCCAGAAGUCAAUGGCGCCAAUAAUGUUGCUGAUCAUGUUUUGAUGUCUCAACAAUCCUUGGGGAAUCCGAACUAUGGGUUCAAGACGACAAGCCAAUUAGAUCAGGCCAGGAAGAUUGGGGCCAUGAUUCCUAAUAAUAGUAGAGUUUCUCAACCAGUGCAGGACCACAUCAUUGCUGAGAGGAAACGAAGAGAGAAGCUUAGCCAGAGGUUCAUUGCUUUGUCUGCCCUUGUUCCUGGUCUUAAGAAGAUGGACAAAGCUUCUGUGCUUGGAGAUGCUAUAAAGUACAUGAAGCAACUGCAAGAGAAAGUGAGGAUUCUUGAGGAAGAACAAACAAAGGCAAAAACAGUGGAAUCUGUGGUGAUUGUGAGGAAAUCUCAUUUUCUUCCUUCUGAAGCAGCAGAAAAUUCUGACUCUUCUUCAGAUUCUGGUGGAGCAGGAUCGUCUUCCUUCGACGAGACAGUGCUCCCAGAAAUCGAAGCAAGGCUCUGUGAAAGAAGCGUUCUCAUAAGAAUUCACUGUGAGAAAAUCAAAGGAGUUCUGGAGAAAGCAAUAGGUGUGAUAGAAGAUCUUCAUUUAACAGUCACCAAUAGUAGUGCCAUGACUUUUGGGAGUUCUGCUCUUGAUAUCACAAUUAUUGCUCAGAUGGAUUCAGAAUUUUGCAUGACUCUGGAGGAUCUUGUGGGAAACCUACGCUCAGCCUUUAAAUCUUUCAUGUGAAGAAAUAACAAGUUCCAAAAUAAUCAAGCAGCCGAAGGCUUCAGAACUUGAAAAGAAAUAUACUUCACAGUAAAAUGUUUAUAUAUAUAUAUAUAUAUGUAUGCUCACACACACGCACAGCAGCUCAAGUUGUCAAGUGUAUGUUGCUAUAUAAGUGUCCUGUUCUGUGUUUAUACAACGUACGUAACGCCUGUGAUGUCGACCAUCUUCUUAGACCAUCCACACCAAACGAUGUUUAUAUAUGGAUCAAGUUUGUUUGUAUUAGGGUUUUUUUUCCCAGCAAAAGACUGUGUGUACUGUUUAUAACAUGGUCACUCGCAAAAGCUGGAUUUUUUUUUUAAGGAUCUGUUUGGCAGAUUUGUGGUUGAGAAGUUGAAACCACCUGCUUUCUGUCCCCUUUUCUGAAUAGCUUGAUCUGUAGAAAAUAAAUGAGGUUUUUAGGGUGUCCUGACAAACAGUGCCUUCAUCAUUUGGUAGCUUUUUCACUUU